AUGGACAGUAGUGGUUAUUUAAGGUCAUUUGGAUGGCAGGAAGGUGAAGCGUUAAAAAAAGGCGGAUUGAAAAGGCCUAUUUUGGUGAAGUAUAAGAAAGAUCGGAAAGGUUUGGGCACGGCACCGGGUCAUGAUGACAGUGAAAUGUGGUGGGAAAGACUUUUCGAUGGCCAAUUGAAGAAUUUGGAGGUGGGGACUAGUGGCAGUUGUGUUACUUUCAAGCAGAAUGUCAACGUUACUGCAUCUGGGAUUUGUAAGAACGAGUCGCCAUUGUAUAGGUGGUUUGUUCGAGGAGAAGGUUUGAGAGGUACCAUCGCGGACAAAGAGACCAUUGCAGCGUCAGCCGGAGCUACAGUGGCUGACGGAUUCAAGCAACGGGUGGAGCUCGAUGAGAAAGUGCGUAGGAAGAGCAAGAAGAGAAGUCGUGGCGAUGAGAAGCAUGAUGAUAAGAAGAGAAGGAGGACGCAUAAGGAGAAGAAGGAUAAGAAGGAUAAGAAGGAGGAGCGGAAGAGGCAUGAGCGCAAGGACAAGAAACAUAAAUACGAAGACUCGAAAGUCUCAACAAAGAAACAUAGAAAAUCCAAAUCUCCGAAGAUAUGA